GCCGAGUUCUAAUUUUAAACUUCACAGCAAACGGUUAUAAGGCCCCCUUAUCGAGCUGCUUUCGACAGCAAAACAGGCUUCUCAGUCAUUGCCAUUUGGGUUUAUCUCUAAUCAUUUCUCUCCACUACUACUGCGUAUCGACUACGUUUUGCAGUAACAACAAAAUAAAAGCAAUUAACACACUUACAUCAACAUAAAGGUGUUUUAAGCUAAAUUACGGUUCUUUAAGGUUUUCAUAGGCGAAGUGACUUCGUUUGGUUCCCAGUCUUUUUUUUUAUUUUUAUUUUUCUCGCUUUCUUUUCUGUUGUGUGUUCUCGUAACAGUAUCUCUGUUGCCACCAAGUUUUCACAUAUAAAGAUAUUCCGACACAUUUGGACUCUUUCAUUAGACCCUCAUUUCUAAACAUUUAUCGUUAUGACUUUGCUUAACUACUUAGACCAUCGCUUCCUUGGCGGUCGCAACGUCUCUCUCAUUAAGUUGCCCUUCGGUGCUGGUCAGAAGAAGGCCGGUGUCGAAGAGGCUCCCGAGUACAUCAUGAACUCUGGCGUCGACAAGGACUUGAAAAAACUCGGCUACAACGUAGAAGUUGUAGACGUUCCUGAGCUCAAGAAGGCCCCCGCUGAGGAGGGUCCCAGCAGCAAGCAGUUGUACCGCCCUCUUUACGUCUCGACUGCCUGCCAACGUGCCAAGAACGUGAUUGCCGGCGAGCUCAGCAAGGGUUCUGCUGUUGUGAACAUCGGCGGUGACCAUUCCCUUGGUAUCGCUACUGUGUCUGCCGUCCAGGAAGUCCAUCCCACUUCCUGUUUGCUUUGGAUUGAUGCUCAUGCUGACAUCAACACUCCCGACAGCUCCCCUUCUGGCAACCUCCAUGGCUGCCCUGUUUCUCUUGUUCUUGGCUACGCCAAGCCUGUUCCUCCAGAAUUCGAAUGGGUCAAGACUUGCAUUGACAGCGGCCGUGUCGCUUACAUCGGUCUUCGUGACGUCGACCCUGGUGAGCGUAUGCUUCUUCGUCAACACAACAUUCCCUUCUUCACCAUGCAUCACGUGGACAAGUACGGCAUCGGUCGUGUUGUUGAGAUGGCUAUGGCGGCCAUCAACCCCGAUAACCUUCGUCCCACCCAUCUUUCCGUUGACGUUGAUUCCGUUGACCCUUCCAUCGUCCCUGCCACGGGUACCCGUGUCAAGGGUGGUCUCACUUUCCGUGAAAUUAUGUACAUUUGUGAGGCUGUUGCCGAGACCCGGACACUGGUCGCUCUCGACGUCGUCGAGGUGAACCCUCUUUUGAGCGACAAGGAAGGCUGCGAAAGCACCAUCAGCGUCGCUCGCUCCGUCAUUCGUACCUCCUUUGGUCUCCAACUCGUUUAAGCCCUGUUCGUUUUAGUUAACAACCGCCAUUCGUUUUUAAGGUCCUGCGCAUUUUCGCUGCGGCGCCAACAUAGUUAGUCAUGGUAACAUUUUUUGCAUACGCACACACGAGACACAAAUGGAAAAGCAUGCAUAUCAGUAACGGUGGGGAUGCUUAACAUUGCGAUUACUUGCUUUUCGCAUUUUUGGAUUUCGGCUGUGGUAGAAACCACUUAAGUGCCUUUCUGAGCCAUUCAGUUGUUUGUUUUUUUAGUGAGGCGAGUUCUGCAUUAAGUUGUUGAAUUUCAAAAUCCAUCUGGUCCGUGAUUUCUUGAACAGAGUUCGUACGUGAGGUGACGCUGUCUUUCAUACGGCCCUUUUCCAAAUUCAAAUCAAGCCGAAUCUCUGCUAAAGCUUUCUUGGCUCGUUCGCGUGCCAUGCUUUGUACAUUGUUGGUAUCUGUUUUCAGUUGUUCUGUUUUUUCACGGAUAGUGCUGAACUGUUCGUUCUCCAGUCCUUCCAAGUACUUUCGUAGUUGAAUAAACAAUUUCUUUUGUUGAAACGUAA